CGAUAUGCCAAAUGCUGAGCUAGACAAAUUUGACGAAUGUCUUAAACUGCCUUGACUUGGCCAAUUUCCAUGCCAUUUUCAUUUCCAUUUACAACGUAAGCAAUGGCCUGUUUAGCAUAGUUCCAGUUGCAGUCCGCUCGCUAAGCAAUGGACACACAAGCGCGGCUCCGUCUCUACUUAACACUCUGUUUGCUGUUGAAGACAGCCAGUUCUGCAGGCUGGUCAAUGUCUGAGGCGGGUCUCAACGACUCCAGCUAUAAUGUGCGUCACUUGUCCACACACUUUGCGCGCGUUUUUCUCAGUGUAAGCGUGGAACACAAUGAUUUCCCCACAUUGAUCGAGGCACAGUGGCCCGUCUCCUAUUUGCCCAUGCGCACGGCCAUCUAUCCCAACAGAGAAGUCCACGCAAGCAGAGGACAGCUCGAGUCGGACUGCACGCGUCUGCAACAAGCGCAUUGGUCACAGGUGGACAGCCUCAGUCGUCUGUGGGUCAUGGACGUGGGCUGGCCCAACAGCGAGUGUCCGCCUAAACUGUUCGUCUUCGAUUUGAUAAGGAACAAUGCCGAGUUGCUGCGCAUCGAUUGUGGCCAGCACAUUGACAGCAAUGCCUCUGAGAGCCUAGUCGUGCAACUGGGACCCAAGGCAAGCAACUGCGAACUGGAACGCCAUAUCUUCUUCAUAUCGGACGGUCAACCGCAUAUCGUGGCCUACGAUAUACUGGAGCAAACCUGGCAUCGGCGCGAACUGAAAAGCAACAAAUAUGAGAAUAUGAGUCAAACGUUUCCCAUCAAACCAAUUGACUUUACCUUCGGGCUGCAGGGCGAGCUGCUUGUCUCCGACCAAGAUGGUGUGCUCUACAGCUCCACAAAAAGACUUCAAUUGGAGGGCUCCAUACACGACUCCAACUCCAACUCAAACUCGUUGCACAUACAGCUAACGCGACUGGGCAACUUGUUAGGUCCUAGUCGAAGCAUGAUAGUGGACUACUUCGGAGCGCUGUUCUAUGUGAUGCCCAAGUUUGGUGCAGUUGUGCGUUGUGCUCAGUUGGCAAAUUUAACCGCCGAGGGCAAUGAAAUUAUAUACCUAACUUCCAAAAAUAUACAGCAAAUAUUCUUCGGCAUAGAAGACUCCGUCUGGGUUCUAAGCGAUCGUGUAUUAAAGCCGCAGGAUAUUUGUUACCCAGGCGUAUUAAAUUAUGUUUAAAAUAAGUAAAAAGUGAAUGAAACUAACGGCAUUUGCUCAGCUGUUUAUGUUUACAUGAACGUGAUUAUUAUCGAUUGCUGACUGGUCUGACAAUAAACAUCGAUAAGAUGCA